AUGGCGACGGCAGAGCCAAGAAGCAUUUUGCAGCGAAGACCGGGAAAAUCCAACGUUCUGGAGUGCGGGGUGUGCGAGGAUGUGUUCGGUCUCCAAGGCGACAAGGUGCCACGCCUCCUGCUGUGUGGGCACACCCUCUGCCACGACUGUCUCACCCGCCUGCCGCUACACGGGCGGGCCAUUCGCUGUCCCUUCGACAGGCAGAUGACUGAAAUAGGGGACUCGGGAGUCUGGGGGUUAAAGAAGAACUUUGCCCUUCUGGAGCUGCUGGAGAGACUGCAGUUUGGCCGAGAGUCACCGGGGGCGCUGCUGUGUGAUGUCAGCAUGGACACGGAGAAAGAGACCACAGUCCAUUGUGAUGAGAUAGAGGACCACCUGGCCACUAUCUACUGCACAGUUUGCAGCACUAACCUGUGUGCUGAGUGUGCCCAGUCAACACACAACACUCGCACACUGGCCAAGCACAAACUUGUCCCUCUUCAUGAGAGACCGAGGGAGAAGCCCAUGUGCCCACUGCACCAGACUCAUGCCAUCGAGUUCGCGUGUCUGGAGGAGAGUUGUCUGUGCAACCCACUCAUGUGUUAUGUGUGCAAGGACUAUGGAAAACAUCAGGGGCACAAGGACUAUGGAAAACACCAAGGACACAAGCACACUUUGAUAGAGAAUGACGCAGAGCAGGUGCGCGUGUCGAUCAUCGACACCCUGCAGCACGUUAAGGGCUUCCUGGACGAGGUUUCGGACAGCGCCCGUCGCCUAGGCAACGCGAUCCAGCAGAUGGAGGGGUGUUCUCGGACUGUGGAGAACGAACACGGCUUCACACACACAGAACAGAUCCAUGGAACAGCAGAAGAGGCUCAUGUCCAUGGAAUGGCAGAAGAAGUGCGCAUCUGCAUCCGCCGGUACUUCCAGGGCAAACAAACAAACAAACAAACAAACAGAAAUGUUCUAAUGUCCCCACAGAUGCACGGGACAGCGGAAGAAGUGCGCAUCUGCAUCUGCCGGUGCAUGGAACAGCAGAAGAGGCUCGCAUCCGCGUGCGCCGUCCAUGGAACGGCAGAAGAAGCUCGCGUCCGCGUCCGCCGUUACUUCCAGGACCUCCACGAGACCCUCCAUCGACAGGAGAACGCCGCUCUGAGCGUCGUCGACACGCACGUCCGUGAAAAACUCUGCUCCCUCAAACAACAGCAGGAAGACAUGGCCGUGGUCGUGUCUCAGGUCACUACAAUCUGUCUGGAGUGUGAGAAGAUGCUGCAACAGGACGACCACAAGAUUCUGCUGGCAAAGCAGGAGAUCCGGAGUCUGCUGGACACGGUCAGGAAACAGCAACAGCAGUUCUGCGACCUUCCGGAACAGCUCAACAUGGACGCCGGGAUUCCUCUUACAUUCACCAAGAUCUGA